UUGGAGGUCAUGAAACGAGUACGUACAGAGCAGAUUCAGAUGGCAGUGUCCGGCUACCUCAAACGCCGACAAUACAUGGAUUCAGAAGGUCCCCUAAAACAAGGAUUGCGACUGUCACAGACUGCUGAAGAGAUGGCAGCUAAUCUCACAGUCCAGUCAGAAUCUGGUUGUGCCAACAUCGUGUCUGCAGCCCCCUGCCAGGCAGAGCCCCAGCAAUAUGAAGUACAGUUUGGACGACUACGGAGUUUUCUCACUGAUUCUGAUUCCCAGCACAGCCACGAAGUGAUGCCUCUCCUCUAUCCUCUCUUUGUCUACCUCCAUCUCAGCCUGGUCCAGAACAGUCCGAAGAGCACAGUGGAAAGUUUUUACAGCCGCUUCCAUGGAAUGUUUUUACAGAACGCUAGCCAGAAGGAUGUCAUUGAGCAGCUACAGACCACUCAGACCAUCCAGGACAUCCUGUCUAACUUCACGCUGCGAGCAUUUCUAGAUAACAAGUAUGUAGUCCGUCUCCCAGAAGACAGCUACAAUUACCUUAUCCGCUACCUCCAAAGUGACAACAAUACUGCCCUGUGCAAAGUCCUCUCCUUACAUAUUCAUCUGGAUGUGCAGCCUACCAAGAGAACAGACUACCAGCUCUAUGCCAGUGGCAGCUCCUCACGUAGCGAGAGCAGUGGCUUAGAGCCCACCGACAUGCCCACCCCUAUUCUGCAAAAUGAAGCUGCCUUGGAGGUCUUGCAAGAGAGCAUUAAGCGAGUCAAGGAUGGGCCUCCUUCACUCACCACCAUCUGUUUCUAUGCCUUCUAUAACACAGAGCAGCUACUGAACACUGCAGAAAUUUCCCCAGAGAGUAAGCUGCUUGCUGCUGGGUUUGACAACUCCUGUAUAAAACUUUGGAGUUUACGGUCCAAGAAGUUAAAGUCUGAACCCCACCAAGUGGAUGUGUCUCGUAUCCACUUGGCUUGUGAUAUUCUUGAAGAAGAGGAUGAUGAGGAUGAUAGCGCAGGCACAGAAAUGAAGAUACUCCGAGGACAUUGUGGGCCUGUGUACAGAACAAGGUUCCUAUCGGACAGCUCAGGGUUGCUCUCUUGUUCUGAAGACAUGUCCAUUCGAUAUUGGGACCUUGGAAAUUUCACCAACACUGUGUUGUACCAAGGACACGCGUACCCUGUGUGGGACCUGGACAUUAGCCCCUAUGGUCUGUACUUCGCCAGUGGUUCACAUGACCGUACCGCAAGACUGUGGUCAUUUGACCGGACUUACCCACUGAGAAUAUAUGCAGGGCACCUGGCAGAUGUAGACUGUGUCAGAUUCCACCCCAAUUCUAACUACUUAGCCACUGGCUCAACUGAUAAGACGGUCCGGCUGUGGAGUACUCAGCAGGGGAAUUCUGUGAGGCUCUUCACAGGCCACCGAGGGCCUGUGCUUUCUCUUGCAUUUUCUCCUAAUGGUAAGUACUUGGCAUCGGCUGGUGAGGACCAGAGGUUGAAGCUGUGGGACUUGGCUUCCGGAACUCUUUAUAAAGAGUUGAGAGGCCACACAGACAACAUCACUAGCCUUACAUUUAGCCCAGACAGCAGCCUGAUUGCCUCUGCCUCCAUGGACAACUCCGUUCGUGUUUGGGACAUCAGGAACACUUACUGCAGUACUUCUGCUGAUGGCUCCUCCAGUGAACUUGUGGGCGUGUACACCGGGCAGAUGAGUAAUGUGCUGAGUGUACAGUUUAUGGCCUGUAACCUUCUUUUAGUGACGGGGAUUACACAAGAAAAUCAGGAACAUUAAUUUUUUAUUUUUGUGUUAAUGGAUUGGGGCAGUGGUGGAAGGCCUCAGGAUUGCAAAUCUUACUAGAAACUGAGAUUAAAUCACUGACUGACUGUGAAAAACACUUCCUUACUCUCUUCCUUUUCCUCUGCUGGCUGACAUCCUUAGUAUCCCACACCUUCAUUUGGUCCCACCAAGUGUUGAAGGACUGAGGUGGGGGAACAAAGGCGAUAGAUAAGUGCACACGAGAAUAAGAAUUAAGAUGCUUCAGAGGGCAGAUGGCACAUUCUUAACGAAGAUCCCACUGUGACCUUGUGCACUGUCUCUGUCUCAUUUUUCCUGUCUGCAAGACUGAGAUCAUACUUACCUCACCGGGGUGCUGGAUUUGAUUAGAGGAUGAUUGUAAAGCACUUUCGAGAUAAGCAGUGCUAUAAAUGUUAAGUAUUAUCAGUCACUUUGGUCGAAGAGAAACCCUUAUUGGUUUUAGGGAGGGAAGGAGGAAUGGGGAGGGGGAUAGUCCUAGCAAAAAGUUUUCCUUCUCCAUAAUUAGAAGAAACGGGGUUUUUAAUUAUUUCUAUUAUAGUUAUAAUAAUUAUUAUUAUUGAGAAGAGGUUAUCUAGCACUGGCAGAGGGUACUUUCUCUGCUUUUACCUUUCAGGUCUGACUCCUGGCACUGGCUACGAUACUUGGAAUUUUGAGUUUCAGGGAAGUUAGAGAAUUUGGUAGCACAGUGGAAUGGGGGGAAGGGGAAAUGUCUGCGUGACAGAUUGACCACUCUGGCUCGGUUCUAGAAGUGGAUGAGGGAUCUGAUGGAGAAACUUUGAGGAUCUGGCAGUGAUAAUGGGAAGGAAAGAUUCUUUGCUUGACUGCACUUCUAUUUGUAAUUAUCUCCCUUGAAAAGAAGGAUGGCAGUAAAUAAAUGGAAAUCAGUUUAAAUGAUGUCAUGAGAAAAAAUUAGAAAAUAGCAAAUUUCUGAAUGACUCUUUAUUCAAAGGUGUCAGUUUUCACACUUUUUUCCCUACUCCCACCUCCUACACUGCAGUACCAGUAAUGACACUUCAUGAAGCAAAUUGUAAGUACACAUGCACCCAUAUGAAACUGCUCUGAGGAUAGAGUUAGCUCUUAGUUUGGGGAAAAUGGAUUAAAUAUUUCUGUUUUCUGAAAAGAGUUAUUUUUUAUUUUGUUUUCUAUUAAAAUGUAUUUAGUUUCAAAAAACAA